AUGAUGCCAAACCAACAAUCUCAACAAGGCCAGAGUCAGCCCAGACACAUGUCAAUCCAGCCUGCUCAGGCCCAGCAGCUGGCGAAGCAGUUUGAGUACGAAUUGAAUGCCGCGAAACAAGCCGGUCUACAGACUCCUGCCGGUAGACAGCACUCUCAAAAGGCAGAAAGCAUCAAAAGCAUUCUGAUAGAAUACAAGAAAACGCUGCAGCUCCAGCGUCAACAGAUGCAACAACAACAAUCGUCGCAAGGCGUGGUUCCAUCGCCGCAGAUGGGAGAUACUAGGGCUGGAAUACAGAGCCAGAACCAGCCUAGCGGAAAUACGCCGAUUGCUGCCAAUCAGCAGCAGCAACAGUCUCAGACGAAACAGCAGUUGGCGAUGGCAGUGCAAAAAUUUCAAGAGGCACGUAAGUUUCUUGAAAGAAUUCAGGCUCAGCUGAGAACUGUGGCAGCUGCCCAGAGCAAUGCCAACAUCACUGACCAGGAAAGACAGGCGUUGGCCCAGAAGGAAGUCGCGUUGAAUGUCAGUUUCAAUCAGGCCAGAAAUAUCGCGACCCAAUUAUCGCAGCAGAUACAACAGCUUCGUCCCCAGAUUCCUAAUCUCGACCAGAAUGCUAAGAUGAAGUCACAGUCACCUGUUGUUGGAUCACCAAGCAUUGCACAAACGGCCACUGUUGCGGGAGGAAGCGGCCAGAGUGCCCAGAACCCAAAUGCGGCUGCGAUGGCUCAGAAGAGGGCAAUCGGAAACCAGCAGUAUCCUCCAAACCUGACUCCACAACAACAGGCUCAAUUGCAACAGAUGCGUCUAAUGCAGCAACAGAAGGCUCAGCAGGCAGCUGGUGCGGCACAACAGGCUCAGAUUCGCCCGCAGCAACAGGUUUCUCAGGGUCAACAGUUCAGCCAUCAGCAGCAGCAACAACAACAACAACAAGCUCAACAGCAACAAGCACAACGCUCUAUGUCUCAGACUCCAAUGCCGCAGAGAUCCCAGACUCCAGGUGUACCGGCUGCUAUGGGAGGGAUGCAGCAGCCAUCAGGGCCUGCUACUGGUGCGUCGCAAGCUCCUGGAACUCCGGUGACAAUGGUUAAUGCAGCAGCCAGACCAGGUGCCAUGGGUGCUGUUCAUCCAACUGCCGGUCAACUUGGAGCUAACAUCACAAAACCCGUGGUUCCCACAAACCCGAUUACGGAGGAUUUGAAGGUGGAAUUGCCCAAGCCAGUUUCGACGAAGCAAAAUAACAGGCCAAGUAUUUUGGGUGGAACUGCCGUGAAUGCUCCCGCAUUAACUACACCCACCUUGGUCAGACCUCCUGUUUUUGAGAUGGAAGGCGAUAGAGUUUUGCACAAGAGAAAACUGAAGGAGUUGGUGAGAAGUGUUGGUGCUGAUGAGGGAGAUGGAGAGGUGGUGAUAGACGGUGAUGUUGAAGAGCUAUUGCUGGAUUUGGCUGACGAGUUUGUGACCAGCGUGACUGGAUUUGCCUGUCGUUUGGCCAAACACCGCAAGGCUGACACCAUUGACGUCAAGGAUAUCCAGCUGCAUCUCGAAAGAAACUGGAAUAUCCGCAUUCCGGGCCAUUCCUCAGACGAUAUCAGAAGUAUUAGAAAGUGGAACCCUACAACAGCCUACAACCAGAAAAUUGCUGGUUUGAACCUGUCGAGGUCUGUUAACAAAAACUAG